UAAACUAAAUUCUAUAACUGUGAGCUAAGUAACAACAGGCCACUGAUAGUCGGCGGUCGGUACCUGUCGCCAAAUACUAGGUGUCUGCGAAAAGUCCAUAAAAAAUCACAGAUUGUGUGUUGGGUGAAAAAAUCGGCAAAAAAAAAAAUAAAAUGUUAAUAACCAGCACGGAUCAUGUGUGUAUAGCAGUGGAGCACCAGGUUUCUGCCAAUGGAAACAGUCUACCAUUGACGCAUACUGCUCCAAGUGUGCAUAAUGUAUUCACUUAGUGUGACAGUAAAUAAACCGUAGUGUGAGAAGUUUGCCGGGUGACGUCUGACAAUUUAACUAAAUGGCUGCUGAGGUUUUCAAUAUUUUAUUCAAGGAUCGUGUAACGAAACCGCAGAAGAAGAUGCUUAUCACACUGUUGCGUGAAACCAAGUACAUGGAGGGGAAAAAGGAGAAGGAGUGGUACUGGGAAAAGAUACAGGCAGCGCUAAACACAAUUGGACCCAAGAAGACUAUUAUACAAUGGAAGAAGUGUUGGCGUGAUAUGCGUUUGACCACGCGUAAGAAACUUGCCGAAUUGAAACGCUGCCAAUUGGCAGGCGGGUCACCGCCUCCGGGUAUCGAGCUCAACCAAGAAGAUAACGACAUUAUUGACAUUGUAGGCACUGAAUACUUUUACGAGGAAAUGAAUGGCGAGUUGAAGCCGGAAAACUUUAUGUCGGGCUUUGAUUAUGUGCCGGAACAUUUUUGCGAUGCCAUUUUAAGCGCUGCUGCAGUAUCCAACGGUCAGCAACAGCAUAUGCAACAUCAAAAGGAGCAGCAACAUGCAGCACAACAGCAACAACAGCAGCAGCAGCAACAACAGGAUCAUGCUAACAAUGAUGCCGAAACAAAUGAUGCGCCGGGUUCAUCGAAUCACACCGAUACGCAUGGUGGCGCAUUUCAAACACCCGGCGUUGGCAUGCAAUCGCACAACGGUGACCACGUAUCCGGUAGUAGUUCGUCACAACAGCACAAUUCUAUGCCACACCUGCAGGCAUUCCAUGGUGGCCUGCACUCGCAUCUGUUGCGCCGCCAACAGCAUGCUGCCGCUGCAAUGCAACGAGAAUCCGCAUUUGAGGAGAAACUCUUGCAAUUCAUGCAAGACGCUUUUCCAAAGAAAAGCAAAAAACGGAAGAAUCGAGAUCCCGAUAAGCUCUUCUUGCUCUCACUCUACGAGGAGAUCAAACGUGUGCCCGAAGAGAUACGACUCGAUGUCAAGGGCGAACUCAUACAGGUGCUCAAAAAAUACCAGAAAAAAACACCGGGGAAACAGGAGAAAACCCAAUCACAAACACAUGCACAAGCCACAGCGUCGUCAACGAGCAAACAAAGUACGAGCACCACAAAUGACAAGAUACAAUUGUCACAGCACGCGCAAAUAACGCACAGCAUGUAUCAGCUGCAAAAGAAAUAUGAGAAAACUGAAAAAGAAGCAUCGCCACAAUCUCAAGUCGAACGCGUAUCGGCUUCAGCCGUAGCGCUACACGCACAACAACAAUUGCCACACACGCUAUUCCAAUUGCAAAAGAAAUAUGACGAGGGCGCCGAAAAGGUGCAUCAGCAGAAUGAGCAGCGCAAACAUGUCGAGGGUAGUCAUCAGCAACAUAACAGCCAUCAACAGGCGCCGGCACCACCCACCAGUGAACAACAUCUACAUCAUCCACAAAUGGCACAUGGCAUUAUGUUUCCAUUGCCACAAAUACGCAACGAACAACCGUCGGCGCAACAACAUCAUGCACACAAUCCCCACCAGCAGCAACAGCAGCAGCAGCAGCAGCCGCAACACAAUCCACAUCAACAGCAAACGCAACAACAUCAUCCGCCCACCAUAUUCGGUGCAACGGCCACCGCCAGCGCCAUGAGCAGCGAACGGCCAGCCAUGGCGUAUGAGAAUGUCGGGUGAAUGCUGAGCCGUUUGUGGGAAGCCGCCUGGGAAGGACGUGUGCACGCAGCGCCGGCGUCCGUAGCGGUUGCACAGCACGAAAUAUAAACUGCGCCGCGCCCGUUUGCUGUUUGCUAACGACGCACACAAUUUCUCUACAUACAUAUGUACAUAUAUUAUUUACUAACAUAAAAUAUUAGUAUAAAAUAUUGAAAAAGCAAAGAAAAAAAAAACACUAAAAUGAAAAUAACUCGAAAUUACUUAUACAUACACAUAAAUAAUAUAUGAGUAAUACAAUAUAAUUGUUAAUAUUUGUAAUGAAAA